ACUACACCAAACCUUUUCGUGUUUUUUCGUGAACUGUGAGUUUAACUACGAUGGCGCCGACAACCAAGAAGGCGUCUCCUACGCUGAAGCAGCUUGAGGCGAAGCUGAGGUCGUCCGAUGAGUUGUUUCAUGCGGUGUACGCGUUCGCCAGCGAGAUGAACAACACGACCACGUUGAGUCAAGUGAAGGUUCGCUUGGAAAAGCUUGACGGACUUUGGGAGAAAGUCAACGAUACCAUUCUGGACAUCGAGAUGCACGAGGACUACGCCGGCACGGACGACGCGUACAGCAAGAUGAGGAAGGACUGCCUACAGUGUUACUACGACACCAAGACGCUGUUGGUGGACAAGGCCAAGGAGUUGGAAACCUACCCAGAUCUGAACACGACCCAACGCGAUCUCAACGCGACGCAGCAUCCAAUCCACGACCACGUGCGACUCCCACAAAUCCAGCUGCAGAAGUUUGACGGCAAGCUGGACGAAUGGUUGAGUUUCCGGGACUUGUACACGUCGUUGAUCCACUGGAAGAAGGAUCUUCCGGACAUUGAGAAGUUCCAGUACCUCAAGGGAUGCCUGCUGGGCAAGCCGCGAACAAUGGUCGACGGUCUCUACAUGAGCGCCAAGAAUUACCAGGUCGCGUGGGACAUCCUGACGAAAUACUACAACGACAACAAUCUGCUGAAGCGAAGUCAGGUUGAAACGCUGUUCAAUCUUCCGACAUUGACCGAGGAGUCGGUAACUGAUCUUCAAGAACUUCUGGAGGGUUUCGAACGGGCCGUUCGGACGCUCGAUCAGUUUGUGAGUCCGGAAGACUACAAGGACCUGUUGUUGCUGCACCUUCUCUCUUCGAGACUUGAUCCUGUCACAAAGCGAAGCUGGGAAGAAGUCACAGCGGCACAGGCGAACAAGGAGAACAAGGAAUCCAACGAGCCAAAGGAGAAGGAAACAGUCAAGGACUUGACUGAUUUUCUGUACACCCGGAUUAGAGUUCUUAGUUCGCUCAAAACCAUGACUGCAGGAACCAAGGCGGAUGCCAAACCAUCCAAGCAGCGGAAGGCUCCCUUCACCCGGUCAAGCUACAAUGCGGUGCAGUCGCCUAGGAUCAGCUGCGUAGUCUGCUCGGAGCCCCAUCUGUUGUACAGAUGUCCGACAUUCCAAGGCAUGUCAGUUGCAGCAAGGGACAAGGUGGUGCGAACGAACUCUAUGUGCUUGAACUGCUUCCGGCGUGGACACCAAGCGACACAAUGUACCUCACGUUUUGUCUGCCAGAAUUGUUCAGCCAAGCACCACACUUUGGUUUGCUUCAAACCCAAGAGAAGCGACAGACCAAAACCAACGACAUCUGGACAGGACUUCAACCGAGGUGGAAACAAUGGUCCAAAUGGUGGUAGUUCGUACCAAGCAGCACAGUCUUCGACGCAAACGGAAACCGUAACAUCCAACGUGGCAGCACAUCGUACUUCUACAGUUCUGCUGGCCACAGCUGUUGUCCUGGUGGAGGACGACGAAGGCGUCAAGUUUCCUGCUCGAGCACUGCUGGAUUCGGGCUCGGAAUGCAAUUUCAUGACAGAGCGGCUCUGUCAGCGGUUGAAGGUUCAACGGAAACGCUCGAAUGUCGCGGUGUAUGGCAUCGGACAAGCGAACACCAAGGUCAAGCACAAAAUCCAAGCUACAAUCAAGUCGCGAGUGACAGGGUUCUCGCGCAGGAUGGAAUUUCUCCUACUACCCAAGGUAACGGCCAAUCUCCCGACAUCGGAUGUCAGUGUGGCCGGCUGGGAAUUUCCUCCGGAUGUGGAAUUAGCCGAUCCCACAUUCUUUAACUCCAAGACGGUGGACAUCGUGCUUGGAAUCCACCACUUCUUUGCUUUCUUCAAUUCCGGGAAGGAGCUGGAACUCGGAGUCGGUCUACCAACACUGACCGAAACGGUAUUUGGAUGGAUUGUGACCGGAAACGUGGAGAACCAAAACUCCAGUUCGGUUACCCAAUGCAACGUAGCAGUCUCGUCAACCCUAGAGGAGCUGCUCACCCGGUUCUGGGCUUGCGAGGAGGUCGCAACGCCGCACAACUAUUCCCCGGUGGAAACGCGAUGCGAGGAGUUGUAUUCGCGAACCGUCAAGAGAGGUUCUGACGGAAGGUACACGGUUUCAUACCCCAAGGACGAAGACGCACUGGCACGGAUGGGCGAGUCACGGGACAUCGCAUUCCGACGUCUUCAAGGGCUGGAACGCAGAUUGGAGAAGGAUCCUGAUCUGCGCCGGCAAUACAACCAAUUCAUGGAGGAAUACCUGGAACUAGGACACAUGCGCGAGGCUACCGACCUCGGAGAGGUCAAGCGUGUGUUCCUACCACAUCACCCGGUGGUGAGGGAAUCGAGUACUACGACCAAGGUGCGAGUGGUAUUCGAUGCGUCUUGUGCGAGCUCAACGGGAGUGUCGCUCAACGAUGCCCUACUGGUGGGACCGUCGAUUCAGGACGAUCUACGGUCAAUAAUCCUACGGAGUCGGACAAAGCAGUUCAUGCUCGUGUCUGACAUGGAGAAAAUGUUCCGACAAGUUCUAGUCACCGAGGAAGACAUGAAGCUCCAAAGCAUCAUGUGGCGGGAUGACCCCAACAAGGAGGUCAAAGUCUACGAACUUGCGACGGUCACGUAUGGUACCAAGCCAGCACCUUUCCUGGCAACCCGGACGCUCAAGCAACUCGCUAUGGAUGAGCAAAGCCGUUUCCCGAUGGCAGCCAAGGUCGCGCUCGAAGACGUCUACAUGGACGACGUUUUGACCGGCGCUGACGACGAGGAUCAAGCGGUGGAACUACGAACCCAACUGGACGCUCUGCUGGAGAGCGGCGGUUUUCGGCUUAGGAAGUGGGCAUCCAACAGCCCUCUGGUACUGCAGGGCAUACCAGACGAGAACCUAGCACUGUCAAGGACUGGCGAUGUGCUCCUGGACCCAGAUCCAUCUGUACGGACUCUGGGAUUGGUUUGGCGACCAACCACCGACGUUCUAAAGUUCCAGUUUGAUCACCCAACCCCAAACCCAAAUCAGCCGUGGACACGGCGGAGGAUAAUGUCAACGAUUGCAACCCUGUUUGAUCCAAUCGGUUUCGUCGGUCCAGUUAUCGCAGCAGCUAAAAUCCUGAUGCAGAAGCUUUGGACGCUGGAGGACAAGAGCGGCAAGAAGCUGGACUGGGAUGACGAACUACCACUCGCAAUCGUUCAGAAAUGGCUGAAGUUCUAUGAACAAAUUCCGGCAUUAAACGACCUGACAUUCCCAAGAUGUGUGAUCAUUCCCAAGGCGGUCAACAUCGAGAUCCAUACGUUUUGCGACGCUUCCCAGGAUGCAUACGGAGCUUGCUCGUAUGUGAGAAGCGUAAACCAAGCUGGAGAAGUACGCGUGGCGCUGCUUAGCUCCAAAUCCAAGGUCGCUCCACUCAAAUGCCAAUCGAUCCCAAGGUUAGAGCUCUGCGGAGCGGAGCUGGCUGCUCUUCUGAGUGAGCAGAUCUUCAAGGCAACCAAACUGGACGUCAAGUACUACUAUUGGACGGAUUCUACCUGUGUACUGCAGUGGUUACGGCACGUACCUACGACGUGGAACACCUUCGUCGCCAACAGGGUGGCGAAAAUCCAAGCGCUGACGGAGCGCGGGGGAUGGAACCACGUGCCGGGAGUCCAGAAUCCUGCGGACCUCAUUUCCCGAGGUGUCGCACCGGCGGAUAUCGCAGAUCUACUGCUGUGGUGGGAAGGCCCCCCAUGGCUCAAGCUAUCUCCUGAACACUGGCCGUCUCAACCGGUGCUGGAUCGUGACGAGGAAGCAGACCAAGAAAGACGUCACGUAGCAGCGAACCUAGCUGGCGGACAGCAGAUAGAUUUCCCGAGUUUCAUCAUCAGCAAGUUUUCCGACUACCGGAGCCUGAUUCGAAGCGUAGCGUACUGGUCAAGGCUGAUGAAGAUCCUGCGGCACGAAGAAGGCGUAGAUCAGCGAGGUCUUCUAACAGCACGGGAGCUGAAGGAAGCGGAAAACACUAUGAUUCGUCUCGUGCAGAAGGAGGAAUUCAAGGCGGAGUGGCAAGCGCUGUCCAACGGCGGAUCUGUGGGAAGGAACUCACCGCUGCGUUGGUUCAACCCGAAGUUAGCGGACGACAACCUGAUCCGAGUCGGUGGACGGUUAGGUCACUCGCAGGAAACCGACAGCACGAAGCAUCCGAUAGUUUUACCCGCUCGGCACCCGCUGACCAAGAUGCUGUUCGAGGACUACCACGAACGUUUACUUCACGCGGGACCGCAGCUGAUGCUCGCGACAGUUCGACUCAAGUACUGGCCGCUUGGAGGUCGAAGCGUAGCACGCCAGAUCGUGCACAACUGCCAGCGUUGCUUCCGAACGAAACCCAUCCAAAUCCAGCAGUUCAUGGGAGAACUGCCUUCGGCACGCGUCACGGUGGCGCGUCCAUUUUCCAAGGUCGGCGUGGAUUACUUUGGACCGGUCUACAUUCGUCCCGGUCCGCGUAGAGUAGCCAUCAAAGCAUACGUAGCCGUAUUCGUGUGCAUGUGCACGAAAGCGGCGCAUCUGGAACUAGUAACGGACCUUUCUACCGACCGCUUCAUCCAGGCCCUGCGAAGGUUCAUCGGGAGAAGAGGCCUGCCAGCAGAAAUCUUCUCAGACAACGGGACCAACUUCGUUGGCGCUCGUAAUCAACUUCAAAAACUGUUUGAACUGCUUCGCAGUAAGGAUCACAGCGAGAAAGUGUCCAAGGAGUGCGCUGAUCAGGGGAUUCAGUGGCAUUUCAACCCACCGGGCGCUCCCCAUUUCGGAGGACUUUGGGAGGCCGCGGUACGAUCGGCCAAAACCCAUCUCCUGAAGGUUCUCGGCGACAACCCGGUGUCCUACGAGGACAUGGACACGUUGCUGGUACAAGUGGAAGCGUGCCUCAACUCCAGGCCGCUGACGCAGAUGUCGGACGAUCCGAACGAUCUGGAGCCGCUCACACCAGGACACUUCCUGAUCGGCUCAUCAUUGUACGAGCUUCCGGACCUGGACAUCACCGCCGUGCCGAUGAACCGCCUGAACCAAUGGCAGACGACGCAGAGGAAGCUGCAGGAUUUCUGGAGGAGAUGGAGGACCGAAUAUCUGGCACAGCUGCAGGGACGAUCAAAACGUUGGAAACCGCCGGUGCCGAUCAAGGUCGGUCAACUCGUCGUGAUCCGGGACGAAAACCAACCACCUAUUCGCUGGAAAAUGGGCCGGAUCGUCGAACUUCAUCCGGGAGCUGAUGGAGUAGUGCGGGUCGUCACCCUGAAGACCGCCACAAACUUCCUGACGAGACCUGUGGAGAAGAUUUGCAUCCUACCUUUGCCUACCGAGCCAGACGAACCCUCACCUGAACCUUCCGAGGACCCCAAAACCCCGGAGAACUGAACGGUUCCGUGUGCAGCAUUUCGUGUCCGAGAGGUGGUCUUUUCUUUUUUUCUUUCGUUUCAGAAAUUCCCGGAAUUUCAGGGUGGGCGGGAAUGUCUACAAGUACGGUAGCGCAGACGAUCUCACAACUCACCAACUGCAGCUCAUCCCAACUCACCGGUGCAUCUCGCGAUCCUCACGGCGGCGGUCGCUGUGUGAGUGUGCUGGACCAGCUGAUCGAGAUGGAGUACACCAAUACGCGGACUGGCCGGCCCGGUCAAUGAUUAGAAUAAUUAUAUUACAAUUGUGCGAACCCCAAAGCUGAACAGCAGCAAAAACUAGCUGGCCAAGAGGCCGAUUUUAAUCUGUAUUUUUUUGUGCCUAAUAUAUGUAGUUUUGUAGUUUUAAUAAAUGUAGUUUGUGUAAGCUGAGUGUUUAUUGUGAACUGUGUGUACGUGUGAUUUUUUGGACCCCGGAAAA